AUGCCAGACAAAGAGCCCGAUUUUGUGUCGUUCCCGACGCUACCGGACCCUGAAACAACAGGCCAAAGAUCUUUUUCCAACAUCAUAUCCAACACGUUGCGCCGAGUCACCAACAACGCAUCGCAUUUAGUUCAUUCUUACGCGCCGCCUCGUGUGCCCGACACAAUUGCCCCCAACUUCGCGCCAGAUCUGGUCCCGCCAGGCGCGCCUCCUGCGAAAAAUACCCCUGCGCGCCCCCCACUGCCCCAGUCUGCAUCGCUAGCCCAGGCGCUUCCUGCAGCAUCCUCGACCCAGAGUGUGCAGCCCGCACCAAAACCGGCUCCGCCCAUCACUGCGCCGCCCGCCCCGACCAGGGCUCCACUCUCCCAAACCCGAGCACCUUCGAUCCACACUUCAACACCGUCUGUCCAUACUACGAUCCCAGUGCCAACAAAGCCGUUGCCAGCACGUGUCACUUCCGAUGCUCGUAGUCUACGUCUUUCUACCAUGGCGCCUUCAGCUCAUCCGGCCUCAGUGGUAAGCCGAGACGAGGUGACAGUUGUUGCUGAACCUCUUGAACUCUCAAGAGAAGGCGCUACAUCUCCUCGGCCUCGCCUGCUGCUGCCCCCGCCCGUAUCUCCAGGGGCAGCGCACUCCACAUUGCAGAACCGUAUCUCCUCCAUCUUCAACAAUUUGCCCAACGACAUCGAGUUAUCAGAUGAUUCUGCUUCCGAAACAGAGAGCGUAGGUAAAUCAGGCAAUACCAGUGGCAUCAGUCUUGGAAACGACGACGCUAAAGAGAAAUCGAGAGAUCUCAUUGGAACCCAAGCAAACAGUACAACAAACGGCAGCACAAUCUCACGUCUGCCCUCGCGUCGGCGCCGCACCGGUGUCCGUAGUUCCCCGUCGUCUUCUAAUUUUUACACCUUGAAAAGCUUCGCUCCCCCUAUGACUCGCAAAAUUUCAUCCAAUUUCUCGUCGGCAAUUUUAGGUGGUGCCAAAUCCAUCCUCAACACUAACUUAGCGGGCGUAGCAUCAUCGACGACAUCCAUGGUUAGUUCUAUAUCAGAGAAAAAGCGUCGCAAGAAACGGAAGCCCCGCAAAUUGUCCGAUAAUCCAUUGAAGAACGGAGGUAUGCCGAAAAAAUACUGGAUGAAUGACGCCUUUGUUGCGGACUGUCUAAAUUGUUUCAAACCAUUUACUGCUUUCCGGCGGAAACACCAUUGUCGUUUCUGUGGGCAGAUUUUCUGUUCCGAUUGCACCUUGUUCAUCUCUUAUAGCCAUUACAAAAACCAACGGCAGAACAAGGAUGCUUUGAUCGUCACAGAUAGCAACAACUACAGGGAUAAGCUCCGCGUCUGCAAGGCAUGUUAUAGCGAUGUUGUGGUGUAUCUUAGUGAUGACUCAAUGAGCUCGUGCUCUGAAUCAGAUAUCGAUAACGACGAUGUGCUUUCGUUGGGUCGAUCAGAGAACUCUGAAGAUCCACCAACACAGAGAGAGUAUCCUCUAGCACGCUAUAGAACUCUAUCUAUCACGUCUCGAAAAAAUAGUGUUGGGGGCGAUAUGUCGUUAACUCCUACCACGAAUCGCGCUUUCUUGAACAAUGGGAAAGAAACCGAAGCUCUUGCUUCGGCUUCACCGGCAGGUUAUUCUGAGCCUGCUCAGCGUAGUCCAGAAGGUAUCUCCUACAAACAAGCACCACAAAUGGCCAUCCCUACAACGCGUACAGGUCAAGCGGUAGAAAUACCAUUGACCAAGAGCUCAACUGGUGCCCCAUCAUCUUUAAAGUCCAACUUGACAUUCCUAGCAUUGAAAAAUGCAUCAAACGCAAAUAUGCAUCUGAAUCCGGCUUUAGGAGCAGACAUGGAUAUGAAAAAUGCACCGUGGUAUAUUCCUUACGCAUAUCCACAAGCGCCUGUAACGGGAGAUUCGAUGAGACCGAACAGUUUAGAAAACUUGAGUCUGUUCUACAAGUCCAUGGUAAAUUACCGCUAUGGAAGAAUUGCAUCAAAUUCAGACAAGUACCAGAAUCAAUCUCUUUUGCCAAAAAGUUCCGGAGACCAGGCAGAGGAAGAAGACUUCGAAAGUGAGAACGAAGAUGAGCAGGUUAUGUCCUUGUAUACAUCUUUGAACCACAGCUCGAAUACGCAACCAAGUAUUUCUCCAAGACCGCAUAAUGUGUUAAGCACAUCUAUGUCCUCCGUUCCUACUUUACACGAGUUUCCCAAUAUGGUUGCUGAUGACAAGUAUCUUCCAACUACUUUCAACAAGAGUGCUGGAAUGAUGCAGUUUGACUUUGGUGUAAAUGGAUCAACGCAGGGCGUUUCUAUCAACGAAGAUAGGCUGCGAUCAGACAGACGGUCUAACGCAAGAGCCAAAGCCUCUUUGAGGAGAAUUCGUGGAAGAAGGACACAAAAAUUUAACAAAAAUAAAUGGUCAGGACAUCCGGGCCAUUUGACUUCGUCGAUGGAAAAUGGCCUAACAUCUGGAAACAAUAUCAAUACCUCAAGUUUUUCGCCCCUCUCUUCAACUCCACGGUCAUCUCUGGUGACAUUGAAUAAUCGGCUCCGCGAUGCUUCCUCGUUUCUAGACUCUAGUCAAAGGCAAUCAUCUCAUGAACCACAAGGUAUGAACGCUACUGCAGAACAUACUCAAGAUCUGCAGUAUAGCUUGGAUGAAAUCAAAAACGGGUAUGACUCGCAUCGAUCCUCGAACCCUGAGGCAUUCGUUUUAGAGAGCUUGGAUGCACUCGAAACGAAUCUUUCAGAAUCCUUCAAUCGCCAUAUUGAUAGUAUGAUUACGCAAUGUUUAGCAGACUGUGAUAUCAACGAUCCCGCAGACCAGAAUCGCUGGAGCAAAGUUCUCACCAAGUGCCUUUCGAAUAUGCGCCGUAUCAAAAUUAGUGAUACGCUUGAUGUAAAGCAGUAUGUGAAAGUGAAAAAAAUUCUUGGUGGGAAGAUAGAAGACACCGACGUUCUUGACGGUCUUUUUAUCACAAAGAAUAUUGACUCUAAGCGGAUGUCAUCUUACAUUGAGAAUCCUAAGAUUGCGCUUCUAGUAUUUCCCAUCGAAUACUUGAAGCAAAAAGAACAGUUUAUUAGUUUAAGGAUUGUUGAUUCACAACAGUCUGUUUUUAUCAGCAACUUGGUUUCCCGCUUGAUCUCCUUGGAGCCAGAUAUUAUCGUGGUGGGAGAUACUGUCUGUGGUCUAGCUGAACGUUUGCUUGAAGAAGCGAAUAUCACUGUUCUUUCGAAUGUGAAACCCCAAGCAGUUGAAAGAAUAUCAAGAUACACAAAUGGUGAUAUUUUCCAGUCCGUCAAUGAUCUUUUCUUGAAAAAAUCUUCGCUUGGAUCGUGCCGUUUGUUUGAAGUCAAACGUUUCUUGUACAAAGACACCAUCAAGACCUAUUCGUUCUUCACGGGAAGCAAUAUUGAGUCUGGAUUCACCAUUUGUCUCAGAGGAGGCGAUGAGGAGUUUUUAAGUGGAGCAAAAUAUGCUACGGAAACUUUGAUACCUGGUUUCUUGAAUUCAAGGUUAGAGCAGAGCUUUUUUAUGGACUGUUCAUUAUACCUCCAGAAAGAAGAAACUGUUUCGCAAUUCGAUAUUCUUCAAAAGUACUUGUCAGAUAAAGCUACUUCUCCAGAUGAUUUAAAAUCAGCUGCGCUCGAUACUAUGGAACGCUUGGGGGUCUGUAACUACAUCAAACUAUUUGAGACCAGAUAUUUGAGUGUUUCACCGUCGGUUGAAUAUCCUCUUCCUCCAGUGUUGGCAAAUGUUGUUGAAACCUUUCAGGAUUUCAGUAACUUCUACGACUUUAACAGCAAGAUUCAACAACUCACUACAGAGGACACUACAGAUAGCGCAUGGUUCGAAAAGUUGCAUUUCGCGUUUAACUUAGAAAGCUUUUCAACAAAGGAAGAUGUCGUGAAUAUCUUGAAAUUCAUGAGUGACGAAAUGACAAAAAGGAAAUUCAAUGAAUUUAAUUUCAGGAGCAGAUUGUGGGCUAACUGUAUGAAGUACACCAUUUACCAGCUCUAUCCCAUCUUUCACAAAAGCAUCCACUUUUUGCAUUCCACAGUAUCUAUCAAGCAUGCGACCCCAUGCCAUGGGCCUCUAGUUGUGGUCAUUGAUUAUUAUACUGACAACGACAAGAGUCUCGGCCUGUUUUUGGACCAAAUAUUUCAAGAAUCGAACAAACUAUGUGACGAAUGUGGUGAAAUAAUGUUGGAUCAUUUCAAAACUUAUGCGCAUGAUAAUGGUAAGAUCGACUUGAUCGUUGAAAAAGUUGAGAAUCUGGGUUUCGAAGAUACGAGGCAUAAAAAUGAACACUUUAUGUGGAGCUAUUGUCCUGAAUGUGAUUUUUCUACUCCUAUUACUGCUCUUAGCGAUGAGACGUAUUCUUUGUCUCUAGGAAAGUUUUUCGAACUUUGUUUCUGGUCACGGAACGUUAAGUACCAGAAUCACUGCCCUCAUGACUUCUUUAAGAAGCACAUCAAGUAUUUUGGAAGAAAUGGUCUCGUCAUAAGAAUGGAGUACAGUACGAUCGAUACCUAUGAAGUCGUUGUUCCCAAGAAAAAACACGAAUUUGUUUCUGAAACUGACAUUAAAUUGAAACUUGAGGCGUACUCAGGAAUAGAAAAAAGUGCCAGUGCUCUCUUUCAAAGUGUUGCAAAGAGACUCAAUAGAGUUAAGGUUGAUACUUUCGAUAAAGCCGAAGAUGGGUCGAAAAAGGUAGAAGAACUAAAAGAAAGACUCCGACAACAAGAAGAUUUGAUCGCAUCUAAAACGUUCAACAUUUACAACUCAACAUCUGCCACUAACUAUCUUUCUUUGAACGUGAUUCAAAGGAAUAUUCAAGAGUUGGGUGUCCAAUGGGAAAGUGAAUUCAAUGACUUUGAACAAAAAUACUUACCAACGGAAAAUGAAAUCACAAGAAUCACCCAGUUUCAUUUGAGAAAUUUGUUAAUGGAUAAGCUUCACGACGACCUGAAAUCCAAAACAAUGGAGAGGGAGAACCCAUCAAAACUCGUAGCUGAUAAUUCGUUGCUUGAUGAUGCUAAAACCAGUGAAACUGAUGAAAACAAGAGGGAACCUGGAGAUGGCGAGGAUGGCGAAGCAAUUAGAAAAGAUAACCCACCGUUGGGUAUAAAAUUAAGGGUCCCUCUGUCAUUGAUAGAGGAUAAGAUUAUGCAAAUUAAGCAAUCGUUUGAGAACGAUCUGAAUCAAGGUUUCAAACCUCCGGCAAAGUCCAGGUCAAGCUCUAUUGCUGACCUGAGCAUUUUUGACAACAGUUCUGUGAUUCAAGGUGUUAAAAAGGUUCAAGAUUUGACUAACUAUUUCAAUCAGAUGACUCUUGAGUUCCAAAGACAACGAGAAGAGACCUUAGAAAGGAAUUUAAACAAGUAUAAAGCUACUCCUGUCGCAAAUUCAAAGCCGAUCGUUGAGAUUUAUGAUAAUAUUGAAGAUGUGGUGGAUGUGAAACAUGAUUACGACAAACAAACGGCUAAGUUGGAUAAUAAUGGCUCCAAUCAUAGCGAAGGACAGGAAGUUCAAUCUUCAGAGGUUUCUCCGGAGAGUUCAGUCCAUGAGCAAUCUGCAAAUGCGAAAAGAAUGGAUAAUUUGAACGCACUGGAUACAAAGAUAACCAAAGGUGAUUUCAGGAAGGAUGACAAUGCCAAGGCAAGACUUGACAUGGCUCAACCAGAGAAGAACUCUUUGCUUAAAUCACUUUCCAAUUUUUGGGCAGACCGGUCUGCGACGUCAUGGGAUCCGUUGGAGUUUCCCUUGGACUCUACGGAACACACCUUCGCUGAUAAUGAAGUCAUCGUCAGAGAAGAUGAGCCCAGUUCAUUGGUUGCAUUUUGUCUUUACAGUGAUGAUUAUAAGCAAAAGCUUAGUGAUCUGGCAUCUAACGUUGAAAACCAAAGGGAUAUUUUGGAAAUCAAUGAUCAAUACAAGAAAAAGUUGCAUAAUUUCACGAAGAUUGAGAAGAAAUUCAAGAAGAAUUACGACACUAAUAGCAAAAACAGUGAACUUGAAUCUGCGAUGACAAAAGAGAAAUCAUCCCACUUGAAAUUUCAGUUUGUUGACGGAAACUCCGAUUUAUCGUGCAAAAUCUUUUACAGUGAGCAGUUUGAAGCUUUCAGAAAAGCAUGUGGAAUUGAUGAUAGCUUCAUUCAAAGUUUGUCAAGAUGUGUGAAAUGGGAUUCAAAAGGAGGGAAAAGUGGAUCUAACUUCCUCAAAACUUUGGACAACAGGUAUAUUCUUAAAGAGCUUUCGAAGACAGAGUUGGAGUCAUUUGUGUCCAUUGCACCGUUCUAUUUCAAGUACAUGUCACAAUCUACUUUCAACACGUUAACAACUGCCAUUGCAAAGAUUUUCGGAUUCUACCAGGUUGAAAUACGCAAUUCCGUGAACGGUAAAACCUUCAAGAUGGAUUUUUUAAUCAUGGAAAACCUCUUCUUUAAUCGCACGACGACGCGCAUCUUCGACUUAAAGGGAUCUAUGAGAAACCGUCAUGUUAAGCAAACUGGAAAAGAGAAUGAGGUGUUGCUUGACGAAAAUAUGAUUGAAUUUAUCUACGAGCGGCCAGUUUUCGUCAAGGAGCAACUGAAAAAAUUACUCCGUGGAUCGCUUUUCAAUGACACAUCUUUCCUUUCUGCGAUGGAUGUGAUGGACUACUCGUUAGUGAUUGGUAUCGAUGAAGCCUCGCACAAGCUAUACGUGGGCAUAAUCGACUGGCUACGUACAUUUACGUGGGACAAAAAGGUUGAAAAUUGGGUCAAGGGCACAACUUUGGUGGGCAAGAAGGGUAAAGAUCCAACGAUCGUAACCCCCAAACAAUACCGAACUCGUUUCCGUGAGGCCAUGGAUCGGUAUAUUUUGGAGGUGCCUGAUAUCUGGUAUGAAGGAAACACGCAAUAG